AUGGGCUUCAGGCUACGAAGAACAGGCGUUAUAGCUUUCUACGCAGUCCAGACGGCCGCCUUGGCGGCCGGUCUGUACUGGACAGCGAUGUGGCCGUUCCUGACCGCGCCCGUGGUGUUGGCGUACAGUUUCACCGCGCUGGGCGUGGUAACGUCCGAGUUGUUGACUCCCAGCCUUUCGGUAGUGUCGCGCGAGCUGCUCGGGGUGUCCGAGCGAGUCGCCGGGUUGACGUUGCUGGCGCUGGGCAACUCGGUGCCCGAUAUCAGUAGCACCUACCAGGCGAUGCGGGCGGACGCUUUGCCCUUGGCCCUGGGAGAACUGGUCGGUGCCGUGGUGUUCAUGUUGACCGUGGUGGUGGGAACGAUGGUUGUGGUGCGGCCUAUCGAGCUGGGGGGCACGGGCGGGACGCUGGGAGUGCCUGGCGUGGCAGCGUUGUGGUACAGCAGAGGACGGAUGGUCAAGGACCUCGGGAUGCUGGCGUUGAUGAUCUCGCUGGCGCUGUUUCUGUUGUGCGACGGCCGGCUGGCGAUGUGGGAAUGUCUGGUGAUGGUCGGUGUGUACGCGGCGUACGUGGUGGGCCAGGUGGUGGGCGGAGAGCCCUGGGAGCAGGACGAGGAAUCGGUCGAGGAGGAGGAGCCAGAACCCGAACCCGAGAUCCGCGACCCCCAGCACUUCUUGCAGCAGCUGGAGCUGCGCAAGAUGGCCUUCCAGGCCAAGCUCCAACGGCAUCUACGACUCAACUACUCUCGCCGGCUCACGCUGUCGCUCGACUCGAUCAUCAACGUCUGGGAACACCGCGACGUCUUUGCACCAGCCGAGCGACUCACCAAAAGCCGCUCGCACCACGACUUGUCGUCCUCCUCCGUGGACCAGCCCUUGCUGCGCUCUGCGAGCGUAGACUACCUUCUGUAUCUCGACAAUCGCCUCCAAAACCACCAGGACCCGUCCGAACUCGAGCUCUUCAAUGAUUCGGUAAUGUCGCCCGCCUCGCAAGCGUCGCUGCUCGACAAACCGGUCAUUCAGGCCACGCUGCGUCACUACUGGAACGGCACGAACACGACGCCCAUCGCCGUGGCAGAACUUCUGACGGUGUUCAUGGUGUCGCCAGUGAUCACCGUGUUCAAGACUUUGAUCCCAGUGUGUUGCGAUAUUGUAGACCCCGACCAGCGUCCUUUCGGUCUAGAGCUGGCCCAGGUCGCUGCCGUUCCAUUCCUCAUAUGCUAUGUGCUUACAGGCUCUAUAUAUGUGACGACAACGCUGUUGGUGUCGGUGUCACUCGCAGGUGUGCUGUGGUAUUUCAAUCGAAACCAAUGGGGCCGCUGGGCUGUGCGAUACGUCUCGGUGUUGACGUUUUUGACUUGUCUGUGUGUCAUUUCGCUCAUCGUUCACACCGUGGUUUCCACACUGCGACGCGGCGCUCAGAUGCUUAACGUGUCCGAGGCCAUUCUGGGUUUGACCAUCUUUGCCUGGGGCAAUUCUAUUGGCGAUUUGGUCACUACCAUUACUUUCACCAAAUUGGGUUUGCUGGAUAUAGCCCUGGGUGCGUGUUUUGGCGGUCCCCUGCUGUACUUCCUGUUCGGAGUUGGGUUUGAUGGUAUCCUGGUUAUGUUGUCGAGUUCCCACGACCAAGGUCGCAGCCCGCUUUUGCACCGAUCUAUCGACUUUGAAGUGGACAGAUUGUUGAUCAUAAGCUGCAUCAGCCUGUUCAUCACUUUCCUCGUGUACGCGGCCCUCAUACCCAUGAACAAUUGGCGAAUAGACAACAAGAUCGGCGUGGUACUUUUAACUUUGUACGUGUGCACUACUGCAGUGAACGUCUACCUCGAGAUCAGUUGA